AUGUCAGCAGGUGCAGAUAAGAAGAAUAAGGAGAAUCUUCCAUGGGUCGAGAAGUACAGACCCGAAACACUGGACGAAGUUUACGGGCAAAACGAGGUGAUCAGCACUGUUCGUAAGUUUGUAGACCAGGGCAAAUUGCCGCACCUUCUAUUCUACGGGCCUCCAGGAACCGGUAAGACCUCCACCAUUGUUGCAUUGGCGCGUGAAAUAUACGGAAGGAACUAUUCGAACAUGGUUUUGGAACUGAAUGCAUCCGACGAUAGAGGUAUCGAUGUGGUGAGGAAUCAAAUCAAAGACUUUGCCUCCACGAGACAGAUUUUCUCCAAGGGGUUCAAGUUGAUCAUACUAGAUGAAGCGGACGCCAUGACCAACGCCGCACAGAACGCCUUGAGAAGGGUUAUCGAGCGGUAUACUAAGAACACACGGUUCUGUGUGUUGGCCAAUUACGCACAUAAACUUACGCCUGCGUUAUUGAGUAGGUGCACGAGGUUUAGAUUCCAGCCUUUGCCUCAGGAGGCCAUUGAGCGUCGGAUAGCCAACGUGCUGGUGCGCGAGAAGCUGAAGCUAUCGCCAGAAGCGGAGAAGGCCUUGAUAGAGCUCUCCAAUGGUGACAUGAGACGUGUGUUGAACGUUUUGCAGUCUUGCAAGGCUACCUUAGACAACCCUGGCGAGGACGAGAUCAGCGACGACGUCAUCUACGAAUGCUGUGGGGCGCCCAGACCAAGCGACCUGAAAACCGUGCUGAAGUCGAUGCUGGAGGACGACUGGGGAACCGCACAUUACACACUGAAUAAAAUACGCAGCGCCAAGGGCCUAGCCUUGAUCGACCUGAUCGAAGGUAUUGUGAAGAUACUGGAGGAGUAUGAUCUGCAAAACGAGGAGACAAGAGUGCAAUUACUGACCAGGCUGGCCGACAUCGAGUACUCGAUAUCCAAGGGGGGCAACGACCAAAUCCAGGGCAGCGCGGUCAUCGGCGCCAUCAAAACAAGCUUCGAGAACGAAACGGCUAGAACCAACGUUUGA